AUGGUGUUUGUUGUUCAAAGAGUUUCUGGUACCAAACCCAGUGUCCUAACUAAGAAUUAUCAGCACAUCCUAGCCUUUGUAUUUGCUGUGAAAGAGCUCAAUGAAAACCCACAGAUCUUACCCAAUGUCACUCUGGGAGUCCACAUCUAUGACAGUUAUUUUAAUGAUGAAUGGACCUAUCAAUCCACAAUGCAACUCAUUUCCACAUCAAGGAGAUUUUCCCCCAACUACAAAUGUGACUUCCAGAACAACCUGAUAACUGUCAUUGGCGCACUAGAUACACAGAUUUCCCUUGAUGUGGCAGUUAUCUUGGAUAUCUACAAGAUUCCACAGCUCAUCUAUGGCUCCACUCCAGUAAUGAAUGAUAAAAUCCCUGGUCUGCUCUUCUACCAGAUGGCUCCAAAAGAGACUAUACAGUAUAUAGGGAUUUUAAAAUUACUUCUGCAUUUUAAGUGGACGUGGAUUGGGGUUCUUUAUGUGGAUGAUGACAAUGGAGAGAGAUUUGUACAAUCUGAAUUGGAGCUCUUUUCCCAGAAUGGUAUCUGUGUUGCCUUGAUGGAACGAAUCCCCGACUCACCCUUUCUCUCUGGACUUGAUGAUAAUCUGCUAAAGGGGGCAAAAAUAUACAAUAAAGUCAUGGGAAGCAAAGCCAAUGUAUUGGUAGUUUAUGGAAAAUCCUAUAGCAUGUUAUAUUUGAGAUGGUUGCCCUACUUCUCAGAAUUUGAAAACAUGCCACAGAAGGGGAAAGUGUUGAUAAUGACAGCUCAGAUGGAGCUCAAUUCAUACACCUAUCAAAGGACUUGGGGUACAGAUAUGAUUCAUGGUGCUCUGUCCUUCACCGUACAUUCCAGUGAUCACCCUGGAUUUCGACAAUUUGCAGACAGCAGAAACCCUUCCAGCACAAAAAAUGAUGGUUUUAUCAGGGAUUUCUGGCAACAGGCCUUUGGCUGUAGAUUCACAAAUUCUACUCCAGACAACAUCAACAAUGACAUCUGCACUGGGGAGGAGAAGCUGGAGAGCCUUCCUGGGCCUUUCUUUGAAAUGAGCAUGACUGGCCACAGUUACAGCAUCUACAACUCUGUCUAUGCUGUGGCCCAUGCUUUCCAUGCCAUGCUCUCAUCUAGACUCGAAGGCAGAGCAGUAGUUGAUGGAGGAGGUUUGAAACUUCAUGUUCAAGAGUGGUGGCAGCUCCAUCACUUUCUGAGAGGUAUUUCAUUCAACAAUAGUGUUGGGGACAAGGUUUCCCUCGAUCAAAAUGGGGAGUUAGCUGCUGGAUUUGAUAUUAUCAACUGGGUUUUCUCUGCCAACCAGUCCUUUCAGAGAGUGAAAGUUGGGAGGAUGCAUCCACAGCUUCCUCCAGACCAAGCGUUCACCAUUGAUGGGGAUGCAAUCACAUGGCACACCUUGUUUAACCAGACACAGCCUCUUUCCGUAUGCACUAAUAGUUGCCAUCCUGGAUAUAGGAAGAAAAGAAAGGAAGGGGAGCCCUUUUGCUGCUAUGAUUGCAUCCCAUGUCCAGAAGGGAAGAUUUCAGACCAUAAAGCUCUGACACUAGUAAUUUUUGUGAAGCACCACAACACUCCUAUAGUCAAAGCCAACAACUGGAGCCUCACUUAUAGUUUACUCGUCUCUCUGCUGCUGUGUUUCCUGUGUGCACUUUUAUUCAUUGGCCCACCCCAGUGGGUGAUGUGUCUCCUGCGACAAAUGGCUUUUGGCAUGGUCUUCUCUGUGGCUGUUUCUUGUGUGUUGGCAAAAACCAUAACUGUAGUUCUGGCUUUCAUGGCCACCAAACCAGGAAGCAGAAUGAGGAAAUGGGUGGGGAAAAGACUGGCCAACGCCAUUGUUCUUUCCUGCUCCCUCAUCCAGGCAGGCGUUUGUACUUUAUGGCUGAUAACCUCACCCCCGUUUCCUGAUGCUGACAAGCAUUCAAUGAAGAAAGAAAUUGUACUGGUGUGCAGUGAGGGGUCCGUGACUCUGUUUUACUGUGUUCUGGGCUACAUGAGCAUUCUCGCCAUCGUGAGCCUCACCGUUGCUUUCUUUGCCAGGAAGUUACCGGACAGUUUCAAUGAAGCCAAAUUUAUUACUUUUAGCAUGUUGUUGUUCUGCAGUGUUUGGCUCUCCUUUAUCCCAACAUACCUGAGCACUAAGGGGAAAUACAUGGUCGUUGUGGAGAUCUUCUCUAUCCUCUCUUCCUCUGCUGGCUUGCUAGCUUGCAUCUUUUUCCCAAAAUGUUAUAUUCUUCUCUGGAGAUCUGAACUAAACCACAGGGAACAUCUAAUAAGGAAGUAA